AUGGGUGGUGCCAGCAGAGAAGGCGGCAAGGUUAAGCCCUUGAAGGCUGCGAAGAAGGAAAAGAAGGACCUUGAUGACGAGGAUAUUGCAUUCAAGGAGAGACAGCGCGCUGAGGCCAAGGCGAAGAAGGACUUGCUCGAGAAGACCCAGGGCAAGAAGGGCCCGUUGAAUACAGGCUCGCAGGGAAUCAAAAAAUCGGGAAAGAAAUAA